AUGACCCCUCCUGCCCGUGGACGGGGUACAAGCCAGCGGAGUCCGACUGUCUUGGUCACGGAUUCUCGCGACCAGCAGUCAGCUUCGACACCUCGACGACGCCGAUCUCCCGCCACCCGUUUCAUCACAGUCGAUAAUGUGCUUCAAUAUGCUUCCGAUGUACCUUCAAUGCAGCAACGGCAGCCGCCUCCCAUCUCGCGACCACGCCGACUGCCAUCGGGCGGGUUAAUGGGAAAUGCUAGCGGAUCCUCAGGAGGUCUGACGAAUUCAGGUGGCACCAUUGGCCGCCUGGCGGCCCAACCACGUCUACCCCCACGAACCACCAAGGUCAGUGAGAAGCUCGUUCUUUUGCCGGACACGGGUGGUGUUGGGGAGGAAGAUACCGCCGAAGAUGAGGACGAUGACGCUCAAGACGAUGCCGAUCUUGUGGACGAAGAACUUGUGGAUCGCUUGGCCAAGGCGAAACAGCUGGACCCGGAGCUGGUCAGAAGGCAGCUACUGACGCAAAAGCGACUGGGUGGUGAUUUUGGCGUCGAUAAUGACCUUGCACCUUUACGGGCCGAGGAGGAUUUACUCCGAAAGCGACGCAUUGCACCCGAAAAGGCGAAGAGCUAUGCCGAGCGACUACCCAAAGCUCGCCGCGCAGAGAAGCUAGCCCGUGUGACCGCUUACUGUACCGCACAGUCCUACAAAAUGGGAUCCUUGGCGUCAUUCGUAAAAGAGUGGCAUGGGGCUCGGACUAAGCUAUACGACGACUGUCUCUACACCGCCUACCACCUUCCACUUCUCCCUGGUCAUGAAGGAUAUCGUUUGCGCAGCAGUCCCGUUGUGAAAUUUCCUGGGGGCAAGUCUCUUUUGGACGAGGAGAUCGAACGAAAUGAGCUUCGUGAUCAUCACGACGAUUACAUCGGCGAGAUUGAAGAGCACUCAGUUAGAGGCCAUAACCGUCCAGAGGAUGAACAUUAUCGAGAGGCCUCUCCUCGUGAUUCGGACGAUCAAAGCUCGCACCAAAGCUCGCGGGAUGAAAGCCAGGAAAGAUUCUUGACCCACAUCUCGGAAGAGGAGAGUCGCAUCCAGGAAAACAACGAUGAAUCGGCCGUGCACUCAAAUACAUUCCAGAACUCCCAUGGGCUAGAGUCGGAGCAAGAUCAACAAACUUCCGAGAUCCCUCCGCCUCGUCGUCGGCACAGUUCUGGCGAUAGUCACUCCCUGUUGCGAGACCUUCCAUCAUCGACUGCAGGAACGCCUUCGUCAUCGAGAUCUCCCGCGCCGGCGCGGACUCUUUACAACGUGGCAGAGAUGUUUGUCUUUGGCUACGGAGUCGUUGUGUUCUGGAACUUCACUGAGCGACAGGAAAAAGAUCUGCUGGCAGAUCUGGCAUUUGCAACCUCAUCAGCGACCGGCACGCCCAUCCCACUUACCACAAUGCCGUUGCAUGAGGAGGAUUUUGAGACGGAAGAAUUUCAUUUUGAGUACUCGACAGAGAUCUCACGCCCUCGUGUGUAUAAUGACAUGAUCACUCUGCGCAGUGGCGACCAUAUGAUCAAGCUUGCAAUCAGUCAUGGUAUCGCUCAAAGUACUAAAUUAUGUUUCUUUGAGGAGGUCAUGGCUCGUCAAAUGGCAGAUGCGAAGGAUGUUCCUCGUCGUCUCGCCACAACCGGAAAAUUGGGUAUGAAACGUGAAGAGGUAUUCCGAAUUCUUGGCCGUCUCUUCAAGAGCCGUGUUGAAGUCAACCUUUCCUCUAACAUGCUUGACGUUCCGAAUUUCUUUUGGGAAAGCGAACCUACACUUUAUCCGCUUUACCUUGCCGUUCGAGAGUACCUUGAAAUCAAGCCUCGAAUCCAGGUACUUAACGAACGCUGUCGAGUCUUUCUGGACCUUGCAGAGAUUCUGUCUGACUCCAUCGCUGACAACCGGACUUCUCACCAAACGUGGAUCAUCAUUGUGCUUAUUGUCAUUUCAAUCCUUGUGACUCUCUCUGAGGCGUUUCUUCGCUUUGGCCUUCUCCAUGCCCGCGAGGGUGCUGUCUCAAGCCCCACAACUAUACUUGCUCGCGCCAUGGGGCGUUCCAUUCCGUCGCCACCUUCGGGUUGGUCUUCCACUAAUUCUCCCCCUGGUUGCAUCUGUCCUUCUAUUGCACCCGGUGGUGGGUCGGAAUUGGGUGUCGGUUCAUUUUGGGGCUAG